CUCCUACAAUCCACUUCACCCCAUUCAUGCGUCACCUUCUCUGGCCGCUACUCCUUUUUGUGCAUACACGCCAUGUUGCAGCCGCGGUCCGGAGAGGCGGUCACUGCUUCGAUGCCUGCGAUCUCACGCUAACGUAUCUCGACUUCAACGACACGGAUCGUGCCCUGUCGAAGAAGAGUCGGACUUGUCAAAGUGCGCUCCAUGCGACGUCUUUGUAUUUGUGCAUCGACGAGCACUGCGUAGAGGAUGGGAGGGAAGAAUGGUUAGAUGGGGUCAAUGGAACCUGCCAAAAUGCGGCAGGCAUAUCAAUACCACCAUGGACCAUUAUUGACACCUUUACUCCUGAAGAUAGAGCACAUGUAAGAAGGUUGAAAGCGGAAGAGGGCAUGUGGUAUUCUAGAGGUCCUCCUUUGAACGAAGUUGUGUUACCAGAUGAUGAUUUUUUCGACCGAGCUUUCAAGACUUUGGAAUUUGCGUUUUUUGAGAUAGAUACUCACUGGUUAUAUGGAAUUGCUAUGUACUACUUUUGGGCUGCAGUAAUCACCAUCGGAAUUUGCUGGCGUCUGGCCUUCCUGAUUCAGGAGAUUCGACAUCGGAACUUUCAACGUAUUCCAGGCGACGACCUCGAGUUGGAAGACGUCAAUGGGCGCAAAGGCGCCCAGGUCACACUAAGAGCAUAUGGCCUACUAAAGCGCUACAUCCUCGUCCCAGCUACAUUCGGAUACCGCUGCGCGCAGAACAUAGGCUGGUGCACUAUUCCGCCCCGAGUACAAAGUCUCACCAUCUUCGCCUUUGUAAUCCUCAACCUCAUCCUAUGUUGCAUCAGCUAUCCAGUCUUCGCUGGUAAUCUCUAUUGGCCGUUGGUAUCCACGCAGCUGUGGCGCUACGUCUCUGACCGUACCGGAGUGAUUGCACUUGCAAAUUUCCCUCUAAUUUGGCUGUUUGGAACGAGAAACAAUGUCUUGAUGUGGCUUACCGGAUGGGGAUUUGGAACGUACAACAGCUUUCACAGAUGGGUGGCUCGGGUGGCUACGGUGCAAGCGGUUGUACAUUCUGUUGGGUACACUGAAAUGGUGUUUGAGCGCGGGAAUUGGUCUCUAUUCAUGAAAUACUUGCGCAAACACUACUUCUGGAACGGCGAAAUCGCAACCGUCCUCAUGUGCGCAAUCUGCGCAUGUUCGGUUUACGGUCUUCGACGCUGCCAUUACGAAAUCUUUCUGGUCACCCACAUCUUCCUCUCCAUCAUUGUGCUCUUAACAACGUUCUAUCACGUCGAGAUUUUCAACGGCGAAUGGAACAUCUUCAUCUGGCCCUGCCUUGCGAUCUGGAUCCUGGACCGCGCCCUCCGCCUCCUCCGCAUUCUGGCCUUCAACAGGAUAAUUUGGAACACCUAUGCAACAGCUACAUACGACUCAACCUCUAACAUCGUCCGAUUGAAGGUACCAUGCGAGCAGAAUCUCGUGCGACCACAACCGGGAGCUUACUACUACAUAUACGUUCUCAAUGACCUGCUAUUUGCGCAUCAGAACCAUCCAUUUACACUGGCAUACAUGUCCUCGAACGAUGGCGCCGAUUCAACCGAUGGGAUUCAUAUCUCCCGCCACUGCAGAGCCGAUUCCACGACAUCGUCAGUAUCUUCCGAAUCUUCCUCCCUCCUGCGCCCCACGAGUCCCCGGUCACCAACACUAACCUUCCUCAUCCGUCCCUACGACGGACUGACCUCCCGCCUGCGCCGCAUUUGCACAAGCGCUUCCAGAACUUCCGUCCGCGUCCUCGUCGAAGGACCUUACGGUGCACAGCAACCGCUUCACACCUUCCCCUCUGUGCUGUUUAUAGCCGGGGGGACGGGCAUCGCGGUCGCGCUGUCGUAUCUUCCUUCCCUGUUACGUGAAGAUGGGGAAAGCGAGGUGGUGGACGUACAUCUUGUAUGGGCGGUUAGGGAACAAGCACUUUGGAAACAGGUGCUUCAGACGGAUAUCCCGAGCAUGGUGCUGAGGGAUGAUAGGUUCAGGGUUACUGUGCAUGUGACGAAGGAUGUGGAUGACGGAGGGAAAGACGCUGAUGAUGCUAUCGACAGUUCUCACAUUGCUGAUCGGAGAUAUGACCAGGAAGUCAUAGGGCAUGUUGAGGCCAAAGGUGGGAGACCGAACGUCAGCGCCGCAGUCGAAGAUGCCGCGCAAGAGGUAGGUAGGGCAGGGAGAUUAGCGGUUGUGGCAUGUGGGCCGGCGCAGAUGGCGGAUGAAGCGCGGAGAGCGUGUGUUGGAGUGUUGGGAGCAGGAUAUACCGGGGUGGAGUACUUUGAGGAGAGUUUCAAGUGGUAGAGGGAUUAUACAUGGAGAUAACGAGUACUAUGAUGCUGCAGUUUGUACACCUGUCCAUGUUACUUGAGAACAAUGAUGCGCGAUUAGUGUUUUGCAUAUCUUGGUAGAAGCAUUUUCCAC